UAGCCCAUGGGAAAGACACAAACACCUAAACAGACAGUUAGAAGAAAGUACAGUUAGUCAAGAGUGAGCCGAGGUAGCCGAUAAUGGGUUUCAAAGGAUGCAAAGGAGUUCUGAUUUUUGAUUUGGAAUUUUGAUUGGAAUUAUACACAAAAGCAGGCCUCAUAGCUCCAGGAAUAUUAGGGAUUGUUUUGGCUGGCAGUAAAGAAAUCCCUGUUGAAGCUCACGCUGAAAUGGGCCGAAAGGAGGGUGAACAUGAUUGGAAAAAGAGCACGGAUAACAUCCAGGAUGUGUUCGAAUUCAUGGAGGUGCUCGGAUCGGGAGCAUUCUCAGAGGUUUUCAUGGUGAAGGAGAGGAAAACAGGGAAGCUUUCCGCCAUGAAGUGUGUGAAGAAGAAAAACAAAAGGGACGUGAACUUGGAGAAUGAGAUUGCUGUGUUGAGGAGGAUCAAACAUGACAACGUUGUUUGCUUGGAGGAUUUCUAUGAAAGUCGGACGCAUUACUACCUAGUCAUGGAACUAGUUUCAGGUGGGGAACUGUUUGACCGGAUCCUGGACCGGGGCAUGUACUCAGAGUUGGAUGCUAGUCUGGUUAUCAGACAGGUGCUGGAGGCAGUCAGCUACCUGCACGAGAAUGGCAUCGUGCACCGUGAUCUCAAGCCAGAGAAUCUGCUGUACUACAGCCCUGAUGAAAACUCCAAGAUCAUGAUUAGUGAUUUCGGCCUGUCUAAGAUGGAAGACAAUGGCAUCAUGUCCACAGCCUGUGGGACUCCAGGAUAUGUCGCCCCUGAGGUGUUGGCUCAGAAACCCUACAGCAAAGCCGUAGACUGCUGGUCUAUUGGAGUCAUCACCUACAUUCUUCUCUGUGGAUAUCCUCCGUUCUAUGAAGAGACCGAGACUCUUUUGUUCUCUAAAAUCAUGAAGGCCCAGUUCGAGUUUGACUCACCCUUCUGGGAUGACAUCUCUGAGUCUGCAAAGGACUUCAUUCGCAACAUGAUGCAGAAGGAUCCAAAGAUGCGUUAUACUACAGAACAGGCUCUUAGACACCCCUGGAUAAUCGGAAGGACGGCCCGAAGUCAAGACAUCUACCAUUCUGUCAGCGUACAGAUCCAGAAGAACUUUGCCAAGUCCAAGUGGAAGCAAGCCUUCAAUGCUACAGUGGCCAUUCAUCACAUGAAGAAGUUGCAGCUGGCCCACUCUGAGGCCUGUUUCCGACAAAACCAGAUUCCUCCGUCUGUACCUGAGAUCAAAGUCAUCACAACAUCCACACCUGAAUCUGUCCACAAGAAGCUGCUCGCCAAGACUCCGGAACCGAACGGCAGCACGACCAGUAAUCAGAUGAACGUGCCGGCUAGUUCCACUGAGUCGAAGAGCCAGUAUCACCCAGUUCGGGUCAGCCACAGCGAGACCACACAUGUUGGAACCCUCACCAUUGCAGAGAAGAACAAGCAUGUGUAUCACUCGGAACCAGCUGAUCUCAAUGGGUACGCAAAAAGAGACUUCAGUCGUAAUGGGCAGAAAUUGCAAACUGGAGUUUGUUCUGUGAUGUGAUUGGCCGCAGUGAAAUUUAUCAAGUGAAUUUUGACAGGUCUGUGACCUCUCACCCAGCUACUGGCUGCUUUCUAUGGGCAGGACCUGCUGCUCUGUGACCCAGGCAAGAGUGUUGGCAAGACAGCUGGCCACUGGCCCACAACCUUGCUGAAAUACUGAUGUUUAGAGGAGUGCCUCCAUAUUUACAAAUGCACACAAAGCACAAAUGCAGUCUGUUACACACUUGGUGCAAGGUUUAUCACACAUUAUAUCCCUGUAAUAGCAGAAAUGACAUAUUACAGUAGGUGCUGAACUUCAAAGUUUGUAUUGUCCCAAGAGAAAACUGUUUCAUACUAUUUUGAUCGAUUAAUCUCAUUGUAUUAAAAACAUUUGAAACAGAAGUCUGUGUUAUUGGAAGCUUGUGUAAGAAGCAUUGGAAGUUUAAUUCAGUGCUUUUGUAUUCUGUGACGUAUGGCUACAAUAGCUUGUAAUUUCAUGCAAUAAUGUGUACUACAGUAAUUCAUAUGCAAUAUAACAAGAUAUCUGGUGUUUAAGUCACUUUUGCUUCUCUGUAGGCUGUAAAUAUAAAUAGAUGAUUUGAUUUUAUCGCUGGAAAUUAUAAGAAACUAUCAGAAAGAGAUUCCAGCUUUUUCUUUGUUAAUUUAACUAGAGUAAAUGUUUAUUUACUAAUGCAUAAUUAUUAUUGUUCUGUAUAUGUUUAUCUGUGAAAUUUGUUUCGUAAUAAAAUGAAUGAAAACUAUUUAAUGCUGCCUUCCCACCACCAUAAACAUAAUAUCACCCUUGUUCUGUGCACCAUAAUGCAGUAAUAUACAGCAUAUAUUAACUUUACUGUUAUAAAUAUCUGUAACUAAUUGUCUUGUAAAAGAUUAUGGUUAAGUGUCCUCUGAACUACAGAAAAGGUUGACGUUUAGGUAGGUUCCUAUUGUCAGUGCAUAGUGCAAUAUUUUUUACCAAUAAACAAACAGAUACAUCAAGUUUUAGUUA